GAGAGUUUGGAAGAUUGCGGAGCAGCAUUCUCUGACGCUGCGAUCAAUCUCGUCUUCAUGUCGAGGAACUGAGUAUCCUUCCUGAGGCCUCUUGUAAAUCGCCAAGCUGUGGAUAAAGGGUCAAGAUGACCAGGUACGCAACUGACCCGGAAAACCCAACAAAAUCAUGCAAGGCACGUGGCUCUUAUCUAAGGGUACACUUCAAAAAUACCCGUGAAACAGCUCAAGCUGUGAAGAAAAUGCAUAUCAGAAAAGCCUACCGCUAUCUGAAGGAUGUAGUUGCCAAGAAACAAAUUGUCCCAUUCAGAAGGUUCAGUGGAGGUGUUGGAAGAAAGGCCCAAGCUAAGAACCACAAACAUUCUCAAGGAAGGUGGCCAGAAAAGAGUGCCAAAUUUCUUUUGCAGCUUCUGAAGAAUGCAGAAAGUAAUGCAGAAGUCAAGGGUCUUGAUGUUGACUCUCUGGUGAUUGACCACAUUCAAGUAAACAGAGCUCCUUACAUGAGAAGAAGGACUUACAGGGCCCAUGGAAGAAUUAAUCCUUACAUGAGCAGUCCUUGCCACAUUGAAAUGAUCCUGACAGAACGAGAACAAGUUGUACCACGUGGCGAAGAAGAAGUUGAAGUCAAGAAGGUUUCAAAGAAGAAGUUGGCCAGAGAAAAGUUGAAAUCAAGGGAAUAGACUUUUGCAAUUUGUGUAUAAUUCAGAGCUACCAAAAAACUGUCUCUUACUUGUUCAUCUUCCUGAAGUUUCAAUUAGUGAUGUCUAACAAACUGUAUAUAUGAAUAUAUACAAAUACAUACUAAAAAAUAUGAAGUCUCUAGGAAAGGAUUGAUGAAAUGUAAGUUUGAAAUGAUGUCUUAAUUUGCAUUGAAAAGACAGCAGCUAUCAUGAUAGGAUAAUCAACUUUUGAGCAAUAUUGAAAGAGCAAGGCAGGUGAAAUGACACUAUCCUGCUAAUGUA